UUUCUGAAGCUGCUGCCUGUCAAAUACAGCAAUAAAGCGGAACAGAGAGAGAGAGAGAGGGAGAGAGAGAGAUGGAGCUGUGGGUCAGGGUUUUUCGGGACCGGGCUGCUGGGCUGGACGGAGAUGAGUGGACUCUGGAGCUGAAUGACUCCAUCGAGCCGGGCCGAACUCAGCGAGGCUGGAACCAGUACAUCAGAAACUCCUAUGCUCAGUUCCGCUGUUCUCUGUGCCGGCGCUCGUGGCCGUCGAAGCAAGUGCAGGUUCUCUUCCACUUCUCCCGUGAGUCGUCCCUCCGUCGCGGCACGGUGAGAGUGAGGCGCUUUAAGCAGAAGUGCCGGAGAUGCUCGGCAGCGAGGAUGGAGGAGCCCAGCUUCACUGUGGAGAACAUCGACGUGAUGGUGGAGAAGCUGAUGGAGAAGAUCAGGAUCAGGUGCUACGGGGAGGAACCGCCAGAGUCCAACAGGAACUUACGUUUUGACGGCAGAAUCGAAGGUCCGCAUGAGAGACUGCACUGUGAGGCCUGUCUGAAGGGCAUCUGCUCUCAGAGCCCAGCACAGUAAUAACACAGUAAUAAACACAAUUGCAUUACAUAUUCAUUGUAGUGUUUGGAAGCAUUAAGAAUAAUGUAUAUACUAUAAUGUUUCUACUGUAUGGAGGAUAUUUAAUGUAUUCUGGAGUGGAAAAAAUAAAACACUUCUGUCCUUGAA